GGCAGCGUCACCUCUCCGUCCCUCAGGAAGCUGAGCUCGGUACAAGUUAUCCUGUGUGUCAGUGUGUGUUAUAAACCCAGCACAGAAAGUAGCGUCAACUCCCCCACCUUGAAACAACCUCUUAAACUGUGUGUGAGAGUAAUUAUGGCACAAGUGUCGACCUUAGUUCAAGAAGUUCUCUCUCGUAAAUCUGCCGGCCAGACCAUAGCAUCGUGCAAGAAGUGGGCUGUGUUUAUUAUCCUCUUCAUUGCUGUGUUGGUGCAUGAUCUAAAGGACGGUGGGAAUCUCAGUGGAAGGAGCAAAUUGUGGUGGUGGACGUGUCUGGUCCUCUGUGUGAUAGCCACUGUCAUCUUGGUAAAACUUAUCUUAAGCUAUAUUAUAAACUUUUUCACCCUCAAUGCUAUUGAAGUGAAUGACAAACAACGGUCUCUCUUCUCCAUUAAUGAAACAGACGUUGGGUUUAAGCCAGCAACACCAAAGAAAUUGAAUUCUACACCAGUUGUUGAUAAGUCUGUAUCGCUGUCAUCUUUGUUUAAUGCUACGUUACGUGGUUCGUCACCCAUGAGCCCACCAGCUGCUGUUUCACCUGUCAAUAUGAGCACUGCUUCUUGGAGUAACCUCUCCUAUCAGGGCUCCCCUUCACUGCAAAGUCCUGGAUCCUCUGCCACUAGCCCAGCAGGCUUGAACUUCAGCAUGUCUAGCAACAGCAGUGGCUCUGCUACAGCAAACUCCUGGGCAUUUCAUUGCAACCAGUUGUCUCUGCUCAACUCUUCCUAUAAUGUUAUGACAAGUCCACAGCAGCAUUCCUUCUCACCAUCUCAAUUAUCGGAAUCACUCCUUGGCCACCGUGUUGGCAGUAAUACUGGCAGUCCUGUUUCUCCUAAUGUUUACGGUUCUCCUAUUACCGAUGAAGCAGGACUGCACAACUAUUUACAGCAACACAAAGAACGAGAAAAGCUGCGACAGAUCAUGUCACAGUCAGAAAGCAAUAAUAAUAUGAACAGCUCUCUGUGGGCCUAUGGAUCACCGCCACUCUUGCAACUCUCAGAUCAUGGUAAUAUCCUCCGCAAGAAUGUCUACCAGGCUGCCACCAAAGAUAUUGGUCAAGAGACUAACUCAGAAGACAGCAAGAGUGAUGAUUCGAAAGCUUCAACAUUGUGUAGCAGCAGUGUCAGUAAAAUAUGGAGAAAGAGAAAUGUCACACCCGAACAGCUCUUCCAGUUCACAGAAAAUUUGAGGAUUUGGAUGUCAACAAAUCUAUUAGUGCCACUAGUACAAGAUAUUGACAGUACCAACAAGGCCUUGAGAGCAGCAGCGCCUGAGAUACAGAUUGGCUGUGUUGGUGUUGACAAAUUGAAGAAGACGGCACAAAAUAUAUCUGGCCUCAAGCAGCUGGCUGAUGUUGUCCCCUUUCUCGACGUUACAAUUCACCAAGACUACUUGGUUCAUCGUCUUCGAGAGCUGAGUGCUGGUGGAGCUAUUUCUGCUUAUCGUUGGAAUGGAGGCAGCUCUACUUUCAAUGGAAAACCCUGGAAGGAAGAAUACCCUACUGACACUGCUAUAUUAUUGCAUUUGUUUGCAAUGUACAUGGACCGUCAGUUGCCACCCGAUAUUCAGCAGCCAGAAGGUCGCAUGUUCUCAAGUACCCAUGUGAUAAAGGCUCCAGAGAAACCUGUGAAGCCCACCACCAGGCCACUGCUAUAUUUCAGCCAGAUAAACCCACCACAUGUGAAGGUGGUUCUACCGCCAGAUGAGGAAUGUGAAGUCGGUAGCGGACGAAAUAACUUCACUCAUGCCUUGUUGCUCUUUGUCCACCAUGUCACCCACCAGCAACACUCCCGUAUUGCAAACAUUAACCUCACUAUGUCAGGAGUAAACCUUUCCUGGGUUGUUCGAAGUAGUUGAGAAAGGCAUGCUUUAUUUUCUUUGUACAGUAUUAGCAAGUGUGAAUCUCAUUUUUAUUCUUUGAACCUCAAAUGUGUAUGCAAGUUGAGUGAAGUUGGAGUGAGUUUUGUAAUCAUGUAUUGGGGAAGUUGUCAAGUUUGACAACAUACUUUUUGUGUAACUUUAGUAAAGUUACAGUAAGUUAUGUUCAUCAUAUUUUGUAUAAGUAGAGUGCAGCUGGCAUGAGCUAUCUUAAUCAUUUUAUUGUCUAUGUUUCUGUAUGAGUUGAGUAAAAUUUGAGUGAAAUAAGUUAAUCAUGUUUCUAUGUAAGUUAAGUUUAAGUGAGGUGUAUGUUAAUUAUGUUUUAUGUAAGCUUAGUAAGUUGGAGUGAGCUGUGAUAACCAUGUUUUUAUGAUACAUGGAUUAUUUUAUCAGUUUACAUCUUUGCAACUCAUUGCUGUCAGUGUUGUGUUGCAUUAAUGAGUACUUUUUGAGCUGAAAAAGUUGUAAAACAAGGUCAAUACUAAGAGGCUAAAGAGGCUAAAUGGCUUCAUUUGUUAAGUCAUGACAGACAGUUUUGCAAUUGAUGAUAUUUUUGCAAAUUGGAAUUGCAUCAUCUUACUCUUUGACAUAUGAUCAACUCUUGGUUCAAAAUGGAACAUAUUACAUGUACUGUUGUAAGCUAAAAAUACAUAGUCAUGAACUCUACAUGUAUUUCCCAUAUGGCAUUCUCUCUCUGAGUUAACCAUGAUAAGAGUACUCACACUCCUGUAGCUUGUUCUCUGCUGCUUUGAUGUACUCAUUCAGUACUUUUUUCUAAAAUAUUUUCUCAUUCAUCUUACAUUCUGUUCAUCACUUUCUUAGUUGUAACUUUAAAAAUGCAAUGUGACAUCUUUAUCUUUAGCAGUAGAAUUCUAGAGCUUCUACACUUCUCUAUCCUUAUGUAAGGAUUUAUUUAGUCUAGCAUGUAUAAUUUUGUUUCAUAAAGA